AUUAUAUACUUUCAGGUGCUUGGGGCGCCUUAACAAUACUUGGUUUGAUUGUGCAGUUUCGUAUGUCAAAAGGGAAACCCGUGUUGCCAAAUGAAGCUCCUCGUAAAAAACGAAAACGAAAGACGCGUCCCAGAAUCACACAGAUAGUAUCCAGAGCUCCAAUAGACAAUAGAGAUGACCGCCUACCCAUCUUAGUAAAUUCUAGACAUGAAAAUAGAACAGCAUUUGACAACCAAAUUGAUGAAGAACAGUUACCAGUAUUGAUUCAAUCAAACCCGCGUGUUCCUCGAAAUAAUGGCAGUCAACAGUACACGACAAGACAUGGGACUAAUGUUGUUUGUUAA